AUGGCCGACGUCGUCGCCACGGCGCCGCUGCGCGAGCUCCUCACGGUGGUGUUUACGACAUCAGCGAUCCCGUCGAACCCAGCGACAGUCGUCCUCGAAGAGGUCCUCAGCAGCUUUGCCUUCGUACCCGGUCUCGCCGCCUGCGACGUCGUUUUGACCUUUGACGGCUAUGUCGCCAAGGACGGCGACGACGUCAAAACCAAGUUCAAGUCAACGCGCAUUAGCGCUGAAGAGAUUGAAAAGUAUGUCGACUACCAACACAACGCACGCGCAGUCUUUCGCCGCCACCUGCAGCUCACGGACGCGGCCGUCGUCGAGAGCUACGACGUGGAGUUUCCAAUCAAACGGCGUACAACAGCGCGAGCCACGAUCCACCGAGAGAUGGACCCCUUGACAGGCGCAAGCUUGACGUCGAUCAUCAUGUCCAAGCGCAUGGGCUUUGCGUUGGCCGUGCGGGAAGCACUCAAGCAUGUCACGACACCAUUCGUGCUCAUCCACCAGCACGACUGGACCUUCCUCGUGCGCUCGCCGACCGCGGAUCUCGAAUUUUAA